GUCUGUCUCUCUUUUCAUCGACGUAGUAGUAGCAGUAUCUUCUGCUACUCAGUGGAUUUAGCACAGAGCAGAGGUAUACGUUCUUUUUUGCGAAAAAUGUAUUCGAAAACUAUUGGCAAUCGCCAAGCGGUUCAAGAACAUGUUUUGGCUGUUUCUAGAGAUUUCGUUUCUCAACCUCGGCUUACUUAUAGAACCGUUUCUGGCGUCAAUGGACCAUUGGUGAUAUUGGAUGAAGUUAAAUUUCCAAAGUAUGCUGAAAUUGUACAAUUAAAACUGUCAGAUGGAUCCUUGCGAUCUGGACAAGUUUUGGAAGUUUCUGGUUCUAAAGCUGUAGUACAAGUAUUUGAAGGUACUUCUGGGAUAGAUGCAAGAAACACUCAUUGUGAAUUCACUGGUGAUAUCCUUCGAACACCGGUAUCGGAGGAUAUGCUGGGUCGUGUAUUCAAUGGAUCUGGAAAGCCAAUAGACAAGGGUCCGCCUAUUCUUGCUGAAGAUUUCUUAGACAUUGAUGGACAACCCAUUAAUCCCUGGUCGCGUAUUUAUCCAGAGGAGAUGAUACAAACUGGAAUUUCAGCUAUAGACGUCAUGAAUUCUAUUGCUCGUGGUCAAAAGAUCCCUAUUUUUUCUGCUGCUGGUCUUCCCCAUAAUGAAAUUGCUGCACAAAUUUGUCGUCAAGCUGGUCUUGUUAAAGUACCAGGAAAAUCAGUUUUAGACUCUCACGAAGAUAACUUUGCCAUAGUAUUCGCAGCUAUGGGUGUAAAUAUGGAAACCGCGCGAUUCUUUAAACAAGAUUUUGAGGAAAAUGGCUCUAUGGAGAAUGUCUGUCUUUUCUUAAAUUUAGCUAAUGAUCCUACUAUUGAGAGAAUUAUUACACCGCGAUUAGCCUUGACAACUGCUGAAUUCUUAGCAUAUCAAUGCGAGAAGCAUGUGCUAGUUAUUCUCACUGAUAUGUCUUCAUAUGCUGAAGCACUUAGAGAAGUAUCGGCAGCGCGAGAGGAAGUACCUGGUAGACGUGGUUUCCCUGGUUAUAUGUACACAGAUUUGGCAACUAUCUAUGAAAGAGCAGGACGAGUUGAAGGACGUAAUGGUUCUAUUACUCAAAUUCCAAUUCUUACUAUGCCAAAUGAUGAUAUUACGCAUCCUAUUCCUGAUUUGACUGGAUAUAUUACCGAAGGACAAAUAUACGUGGAUCGUCAAUUACAUAACAGACAAAUUUAUCCACCAAUAAAUGUACUUCCAUCACUUUCUCGUCUGAUGAAAUCUGCUAUUGGAGAGGGAAUGACACGAAAGGAUCAUUCUGACGUUUCAAAUCAACUGUAUGCAUGUUAUGCUAUUGGCAAAGAUGUGCAAGCUAUGAAAGCAGUCGUAGGAGAAGAAGCUUUAACUCCUGAUGAUUUGUUAUAUUUGGAAUUCUUAACGAAGUUUGAGAAGAAUUUCAUUUCCCAAGGAAGUUAUGAAAAUCGUACAGUUUUUGAAUCAUUGGAUAUUGGUUGGCAAUUACUUCGUAUUUUCCCCAAGGAAAUGCUUAAAAGAAUCCCAACCAGUACUCUUGCUGAGUUUUAUCCAAGAGAUUCUCGUCAUUAAUUUUCAUUAAUCUAUGAUUUAAAGCACCUCAUAUUAAGUGACCACUCUAAAACAAUAAGAUACAUGCGUUGACUUAAAGUCAGAUCUUUAUUUGGUUGUACAACUAUAUAUAAUUAUAAUAUGUUAUUGAAAACAAUUUAUGCCAUUACAUAAAAAAAGAAAAAAAAGUUUUUGUUGAAUUAUGAAAUAUGAGAUGUACUCUAAUAUUUAAUAGAAGUCUAACAUAAUUCUUAAAUGUUAGCACAUCAAUUUUAGAAUGGUAUAUGAAAUUAUAUUUUGCAUGAGAAUACUUUAUAUGACAUAAAGAUAAAAUAUGUUGGUAUAUAGAAAGAAAUUUGUUUUGAACAAAAAAGUGCAAUCUUAUUUUAGAUUGUUCAUUUUUAUUCACAGAAAAUUUUAAUUGUAAAAUGUAAUAUAUAAUAUUCAGUAUUCAUAUAGUGCAGAAGAAUAUAUCUUUGAAGAUACUUUACAUGUGUGCACUUUGUAUUAUAAUAAGAACUUUUGAAAUGCUUUAUGUCCAUUCCAAAAAGCUUACAUUUAAUAAUACCUAUGUACAGGUAGUAAUUCUACAAUGUUAUGUAAAAUAUAAAGAUGUAUUGUUCAUAAAUGUAUAUGUGAAAAAUAGAAAAUUGAAGAAAUGCCUUAAAAA